AUGCGGUCGCCCGCUUUCCCCCCGAGGCGGCCGUCGCAUCUAAUACGAUACAUAUUCCCGGCCGUGCUGCUGCUAUGCCUCUUCUUUUACCUGUCUCAUGAUACAAGUCAUGCCUCCGAUGCCGAAAAUUACAUGUCUGCCGGCCACGGCUCUUCCACCCACCGCACCCCCGAGACCGACAGCCCGCCAGUGCAACAGCCAAUACCCAAUAGCCAUGAGCAGGUUCAAAACGUUGCCGAUGACAAGAAACAAACACCCGACAAGCACGAUGCGCCUGUCGUCGAGUCGAGUCCAAAGGGCGACUGGAAAUCAAAGGGCGAUUCCAAGUCAAAGCCCCAACAGCCUGACCACGAGACACCGGCCACCCAUCCCAUCGACCAGCUGAUAGACGGCGCCGAGAAGGACUUUACUAGCAUGCUUGCCAAGCAGUCUCGCACGCUGGCCGAAGCUGCAGACGCAUACCGCAAGCGCCGCGGCAGACACCCCCCCCCGGGCUUUGACAAAUGGUACAACUUUGCUAAGGAGAACGAUGCCGUGAUGGUUGAGGACUUCUUUGACCAGAUUUAUCACGAUCUGAACCCCUUCUGGGGUGUUGAUCCGAGACGCAUUCGCAAGGAGGCAUGGGACUUCGAAAUGACCAUCAACAUCCGCAGUGGCAGCGCCAGCGCCAAGAGUGAUUGGUUCUGGACGCAGAUAUGGCUGGACAUGUUCAAAACCAUCGAACACCUGCUUCCCGAUAUGGACAUUGCCCUGAACGCCAUGGACGAGCCUCGAGUUAUUGUGCCGUGGGAGGACAUGUCUACAUUAAUGCGGAAGGGCGAUCAGGCGCGCGUCAUCACUCCGGUCAAAAAUGUCGUCCGGGAAUUCCAGUCAUUGCCUGCCCCUGGGAAAGGUGAUAAGUCUCCAGCAACCAGGGAGAAAUACUGGGAAGAUACUGAUCCUUACUGGGCGAUCGCUCGCCGGGGUUGCUCACCAGACAGUCCAGCUCGCAAGACACCGAUUCUGGAAUCCUACAACGAUACGCCGAGUUUCUCGCCCUCGUGGGCCACACCCCACCAAUACCAAGGCUAUGUCUCCAAUUUCACCUUGUCCACCGAGUUCUGCCAUCAGCCUGACUUGCAAGGACUGGAAGGCAUCUUCAUCAAGCCAUUGUCGACCUCGACUACCCAAGUCCUCUUCCCCCUGUUUGGAGGAAGCAAACUAGCCACUAACAAUGAGAUCCUUCUGCCUGCGCCCAUGUACUGGAACGAGGAAGAGAGGUUCACCGGAGGAGACGAUCAUGGCCCGCCAUGGAAAGAGAAGUUUGGCGACCUAAUCUGGCGUGGAGUAGCUACCGGCGGACGGAACAAUGAGUCCAAUUGGCGGGGUUUCCAACGGCAUCGGUUCGUCUCGAUGAACAACGGAACCAAACUCACCCGCGCCGAGGAAGAAGUAGAACGGCCCAAUAACUUUGAGCUGCCCGAUACCAUCUACAACAUCGCAGCCCAGAAGGAACAGCGCUUGGGCUCCUGGGUGUCGCAGUGGGCCGAUGUGGGAUUUACCGAUCUUUUCUGCGACCCCGACUUCAAGCCGCAAGAAGACGAAGCGCGCUGCCCCUACACAGAUGCCGAGUACGACGUAGUUCUGGGCCAGACGCUCGGAGUCCAGUUCAACUACAAGUACCUACCUGAUGUCGAUGGCAACUCCUUUUCCGGUCGGUAUUUGGGCUUCCUGAGGAGCACCAGUCUGCCCAUCAAGAGCACCAUGUGGCACGAGUGGCAUGACAGCCGGCUAGUAGCUUGGAAGCAUUUCGUGCCCAUGGAUAAUCGCUUCAACGAUUAUUACGGCAUAAUGGAGUACUUCCUAGGAUACGAAGACUCCGUUCCCAGUCACGAUGCCGCCGCCGAGAAGAUUGCUAUGGAUGGCAAAGCCUGGGCGGAGAAGGUACUCAGGAGAGAAGACAUGCAGAUCUAUGCUCUCAGAUUACUCCUCGAAUAUGCUCGCAUCAGCGACGACCGAAGAGAAACAAUGGGUUGGGUAGAUGACUUAUUGUCAUGA